AUCAUUUAAAAGCAGAAUAUAUAAAAAUAACUUCAACAACAAAAAUGGCCUCUCAAAAUGCAAAUAAUGCAAAUAAAAUAGUUAAAGAAAUUGAAGAUAAACAUAAUAAUUUAAAAGAAAAAUAUUCCCAAAUAGUUAAAUUAUUAGAAGAAAAAGAAAAUGGAAACGAAGAGAGGAAUAAGAGGGCAGAAAAUUUACGUAAAAGAUCGACAGAAUUACUUUCAAAAAUUAAAAGAUCAAAAGAAGAAAAGAAAUCUCUAUUACAAAGAAACGAUGCAUUGGAGGUUGAACUCGAAAAUUAUAGAAAAACUUUAAGCCAAUUAAAUACCCAAAUUGAUGAAGUUUCGGCAGAUAUUGACAAAAAAAUGGAAUUUCAUCAGAGCUGCGAUACUUAA